GCUCGGCCCGACGUCGGCCCCGGGAGCUGCGCGGCUGGAGGAGGCGGAGCCCAGGAAGCCAGGCAAGAUGGCGCCGUCCGCUUUUUUGCGCCCAUUCUGGAAGCUGCUGGCCCCGGCUAGGUUCCCGAGUGUCUCUUCAUCGCGGUCAAAGUUCUACAUUCAGGAACCGCCACAUGGCAGUCCUAACUGGCUGAAAGUUGGAUUGACCUUGGGCACCUCCGCUUUUUUGUGGAUCUAUCUCAUCAAACAACAUAAUGAAGAUGUUUUAGAGUAUAAAAGAAGAAAUGGGUUGGAAUAAACUUUGGAAAUACUAAAACAGUGUGUUCCAUAUAGUGAUUAUAGCAGUUCCUCUGGAUUCACGAAUCUGUUGAGUUGUAAACGUGAGAGAAAGAAUUACGUGUGACUAUAUGUCAAGUCAGCAUUUGUGUUUUACAUAAUUAAAUUAAAAAUACUUCUGUGUUCUUCAGAUUAUGUAUAUUGUGACAAUGUAUAGAAUGUCAAAGGUAAAUUAUUAAAAGUAUUUUAAUGUGGAA